CCACCCGUCACAGACGAAUGAUCCUGUUGCGACUACGGGACACCCACGUGCAGACCAGACCCCUGUACUGCAGGAUUAACCUGAGUGUCCCGGUCCUGGACAGAUACUUCAACAAUGAGGACACCAGGCCUGAUUUCUGCCUCAGCAGGGAGUCCGUGACAGCGCUGCUGAAUCUACUGAACCAGGAACGGAGACAUGGGUGGGGUGCCCCGAUCGAGGCCCUCAUGUUCCUCUUCUGGCUGGCGAGUGGAGCAGCCUACAGGGUCGUGUCCAGGGUGUUCGCAAUACCCCGUUCCACUGUCCACCGCAUCGUGCACAGGGUCACAGAGGUGGUGGUGGCCAAGCGCCACCAGGUCAUCCACCUCCCACGGACCCCAGAAGACCUGGAUGCCAUGUCCAAUGGGUUUGCACAGCUGGCAGGCCACAGGGCGUUUGUGAAGGCUGCUGGUGCAAUUGACUGCUGCCAUGUCCGCAUCAAGCCCCCCAGCGGCCCUGACGGUCAAUGCUACAGGAACAGGAAGUUGUACCCGUCCAUAAUCCUGCAGGCUGUAUGUGACCAUCAGGGCCACUUUGUCGAUACACAUGUGGGCUGGCCGGGGUCAGUGCAUGACUCCAGGGUCCUCCGCCACAGCCCACUGUACCGACAGGCCCGUUACCCUCCCCCAGGGCAUUUCAUCCUUGCAGAUGGAGGGUACCCAUGUCUCCAACAUCCACUCCCCCUCAUCACCCCCUACAAGAGGCCAGUCCACGGUGUGGGAGCCCAGCGCUUUAACGCACAUCACGCCAGGGCAUGCUCUGUCAUAGAGCGUGCCUUUGGAAUGAUGAAGACAAGGUUCCGUGUCAUCUUCCUGCAAGCGCUGGAGGUGCACCACACCUUCGUGCCACAUGUCAUAACAGCAUGUGCCGUGCUGCACAACAUCUGCAUCGGUGCUGGUGACAUUGUGGCCCCAGAUGAGGAACCCGAGGAUGAUGUCCAAGAUGAGGGGGAGACUGGUGUGGAGGCAGUCAGUGGUGCACACUGGCGGGACCAGCUAUCUGCUGAGGUGUCUGCCCUGGAGGAGGUACCCCCGGACCACGAUUAUUGUCACCAGGCAAGUAUCCCUUAGUGGUGCAUCUGCACAGUGCUGGGAUUUCACAUGACAGACCUGUCUUAACAUGCUUGUUUUCACCAUG